UCUCUUCAUCCAUAACCUUGUUUCUUCUCUGCAAGCUUUAAUAUCUUAAUUUUCCAGUUCUUCUCGCACCAAAAUACCCUGCGCAAGAACUAAGGAGGUCUGCCUGCUUUUUUUGUUCUUUUAAUCACACAAAGCCCUCUGAGUUGCGGACCAGUUUCUAGCUGUCAGAACCAAGAUGGGCUAAAUUGCCGCGCGAAUAUAAGUUAAUUGAUCAUCUCAAGCCAGCAUCGCGAGUCUAGCCUUGUAGACAAAUUUGAGUUGAUUUAAACUUCUUCCAGCUCUAUAUAUAUAUAUAUAUAGCCAGGCAACAAGGUUUCAGUGGAGUUGACAAAAAGGAAAAUGGAGAGAAGAACCAUAAGGAUGGCAGGUAAAGUGGCGGUGCUUCUGAUCAUCUUGAUAAUUGCCAGCCAAAUCUUGUAUGGGGGUUGUAGCAGACCGGUCCCGCAAGAAAGAGUUCUUGGCCCGGCUUCUGGGCCACCUACUUGCACUACUUACUUAUCCGGUGGUGGCAAUUAACGGUGGCCCCCCUUGUAAAAUUCAUGGGUGAUGCUUGUUUUUUAUGUUUAUUCGAUCUGUGUUGUUAAUAAAUUUCAAGGUUCCCCUAUGUUUGCUGGGAAAAGAAAAAUUCCAGCAAUUGCUGUACAUAUUUGCUUGAUGUUUGAGGUAGAUGCUAUAGUUGUUUUCGUUUCUUUUCUUUUGUUAGUAAUUAGUACACUGUUA